AUGACUGCCUCUACAGACCCUGAUCACUACCAGCCUUCCGCAGAAAAGGGCGAUACCACCCCCGUUAUUGACGUGGAGCAUAAAUCAGAUACCACACCAGCUGAGAAGGAUACACCUCGUGAGAUUUCAGGCUGGAAGUGGGCAGUGAUUAUCGGCGCCAUCUACAGCUCCCAAUUCCUCUUUGCCCUGGACAACACCAUUGUGGCCAACAUCCAGCCCACGAUCGUGGAAGACUUCGAUGCCAUUGCCAAAUUGUCCUGGAUCAGUGUUGCUUUCCUGAUCGGAGCCGCUUCGACCAACCUGGUCUGGGGCAAAAUCUUCGCACAGUUCAAUGCCAAAUGGACCUACAUCCUCUGCAUCUGCAUAUUCGAGAUUGGAUCCGCCGUGUGCGGCGCCGCGCCGAACAUCAAUGCCUUCAUCAUCGCCCGCGCCAUCUGUGGCUUCUCGGGGGCUGGAAUGUACGUCGGGCUGAUGACCAUGAUCGCCGUCACCACCACCCUACCAGAGCGCCCGAUGUAUAUCGGCGGCGCAGGAUUCACCUGGGGAAUCGGCACCGUCCUAGGUCCCAUCAUCGGCGGAGCCUUCACGGACUCCUCCGCCGGCUGGCGCUGGUCAUUCUAUAUCAACCUCUGCAUCGGUGCCGUCUGCGCCCCAGUCUACUUCUUCAUGCUCCCUAACAAGGACCCCCGCCCCGGUGUCAGUUUCCUCGACCGUGCCCGCGAGCUCGACUACAUCGGAGGCAUUCUAACGAUCGGAGCCUUCGUAUCAGGCGUCAUGGCCAUCUCCUUCGGCGGCGCAACCUACGCUUGGAACUCAGGGCAGAUCAUCGGCCUCUUCUGCUGCUCCGGGGUCCUCUUCAUCCUUCUGGGCAUUCAGCAAGCCCUCCCCAUUCUUACAACCGUCCCCCGUCGCCUCUUCCCGGUGGAAUUCUUCAAAAGCCGCACCAUCCUAAUCCUCUUCGCCAUGACCGCAGCCGGCGGCGCCUCCAUCUUCCUGCCCGUCUACAUGACCCCGAUCUUCUUCCAAUAUACCCGCGGCGACUCCGCCCUCGAAUCCGGUGUCAAACUCCUCCCAUUCAUCGCAGUAAUGAUCGUAGCCGUCAUCGGAAACGGCGCCAUUCUCUCCUCCCACGGAAUGUACAUGCCGUGGUACCUAGCCGGGGGGAUCCUGGUUCUGAUCGGCGGCGCGCUGAUGUUUACCGUCGACACCACCACCUCUGUCGCCCAUAUCUACGGCUACACCAUCCUCAUCGGCUUCGGGGUGGGGAUCUUCUCGCAGGCUUCCUUCUCUGUCGCCCAGGCUGUCGUGGCCCCUCACAUGGCUGCCUCUGCCGUCGGGUUUAUCUCCUGUGCCCAGAUCUCUGGAUCCACUAUUGCCCUUUCCAUCGCUAACUGCCUCUUCCUUAACCAGAGUAUUGAGGGGAUCCAUCAGAUCCUACCCGAUAUUCCUACUUCAGAGAUCGAGCAGACUGUUUCAGGAACCGGGUCGGCGCUCUUUGAUAGCCUCACUGGGACGGCCCGCGAUGAGGUGCUGGAGGCUCUCGUGGAGGCGAUCAAUAACUCUUACAUUUUGGUUAUGACCGCAGGGGCACUGGUCACUGUGUUGAGUCUUUUGAUGAAGCGGGAGAGGCUGUUCAUUUCUGGUGCGGCUGUCGGUGCUUAA